UGUCAUAAUAAUCGGUUCGGAAACUAGUGAGCAGGCAUUUUGCAGCACGAAACAAACAUAUUCGUCGUGUGAAGUUUUCUAGUGUUUUCAGAGGUGUAUAGAAUUUAUUAGGUCUAUAUUUUAGCGAGCUUUGUGAAAACUGGUGAAAAUUUAGCUGGAAAAUCUACUCCAGGUGACGAAAACUUGGAUUUAGAGGAAUCGACCGGACCCAGUACGUUUUUGAACUGCCCCGUAGCCGGUGUCAAAACGGUCGAAUCGCGCUAACUCGCAAAAGAGCGUUGAAAAGGUCGAUUCCCUGAUAGUGGAGGACAGCAGCGGUAAUGCCGAGGAAGCCAACCGGAACCAUGCCGAACACGGUUCGCGAUCAUCCAAUCGCCAAGCAAAAGUUUACAAAACGGUUAAAUCGCACGAAAGUAAUAAACAUAAUUAAACUCGCCAUAAUGGACAAAAUGAAGGAUUCGACGGCCACGGGAGCUAGCGGGGUGACUGGUGGCGGCGGUGGGGCCAGUGGAAGUGCCGGAGGCGGCGGCGGUGGUGGAGAAGGUGGUGGAGGCACAGGAGAAGGUGACGAGUUUCACAGUGAAUUUUACAAUACGGGACGGAUCGGUAGACGGAAUGCCCUCCCGGACAUUUUGGGAUCACAUUGUACCACCACCACGGCCGAUCUGCCGACGCAGAUGGGUGCGCUGUCUACCGCCGAAUGUUCCAACAAACCCCCCAACACGUCAGUAACGGGCAACGGUACCGCGAUGAUGAGCAACAAUCCAGCCAACACAACCGCUAGGGGCGGCUCUUAAAACAAGCUCUACAAUACAGUUUAGACAUCUGCUAAAAAGGUAACCACAAACGUUAAGCGUAAGCCCUCUGACUCAAGUUGACAAAAUCUGUUGACUCUUCGGAUUGCAUUAUUGAUCGUAGACUGUGCUUGUAGUCGUGCUGCGAGGUUUGAAUCUGCAAUUUUAGUUGUUAUUUGUACCAUUUCACACUGCAGAAAAGAUAUGCCGCUCUCGUGAAAUAAAGAUCGCCGAACGAAGGUGACAGGCGGCGUGAUACUCGUACAGUUUUUUUUAACGGCCCAUGGAAUUUUAUCUGCCGAUGGAUACGAGAGCAUAAUCGAUCAUUCGAUUCGAAACGCACAAGUGCAGUUAAACGGAUUAGCAGAAGACUAAUCUCAGUAGAAAUUUGUACCCUUACAUGAUUAUUUCCGCAUAGAAUUUUGCCAUUCGUUCGCAAGACUGGUUGGCUAGAAAGGUACAUAUGUAUUGGCUAUUUAUUAACUUUAUCAAUGGAUUGGUGAUUCGUCAAGAUUGCGACUAAGGAGAUUACUUGGAGCUGUAUUAGGAGGUAGUUCAUAGUUUAGGUUUAGGCAGCUGGUAUGCUAACGACACUUGAUGUGAUCUUACUCGUAUUUCUUGAGAGUACAAAUUAGUUUCGCGCUUUGGUUUUGUCCCUUGGGUGAAACAAAUCGACGCUUGGUUCGCUGCGUCAUCAUAAGUUAGUUUGAGGACAUUGCAUUUAAUGCUGCGUGUCCGCACUCUAGCAUGUUCCUUAAGUUGUAUCACUAUUAAUACCCAACAUUAAUCUCAUUCAGCUAGAAUAUGUUGCAUAGCAAAUUUAAAUUAUGUAAGUUCUCAAGAUUUGAUCAUUCACGGUUCGGUUCGUUUCCAAUGAGAAAUAGGUGAGCAGUUUGAUUUUGAUUUUCUAUCGAUUUGGGUCGCAAUAUUGAUUUAAAUUCAAAAUUUGUUCUGACCAACUAAUUUGGAACUAACUUUCUGCACGAUAAUAAGUGUUACUAAUCUAACUUAGAAUACGUUUAUUAUUAUUAAGAUACGUGUUUAACACAUACUUGUACGACAUUUUCUUACAUACCUACGAUUGAAAAAACCUUUUCUUUUUGAAAUUAAACAUGAGACUGUAGAAUGCUAAACUCUAUGGCACAUUUCGUCUAAUGAACCAUAUACGAUCGUCUCAGUCACAAAGACAUGGCAUUUUUGCCGGACUACAUAGAUUCUAUCUUGCUCAUAAAAAAAGUUACGCGAUCGCUCCAAAACAUGAAUUUCUCACAGAAGCCCCUAAUCGACUCAGUUUAAUGAGAUCGAAUAAUAUUUGUGUGCUUUCUAUGUCGCCAAUGCUGUGGCGCAUGAUUUGCAUAUUUCGUUUAAUGAUCUUAUUGAUCCAGGAUGUUCGUGCAGAAUCAAUUUGCGACGACACUUAUAAAUCAAAUUCUGAUCAAUGGUGUAUAUUAUUCUGUACACAAUAAAUGUUAUUCAGUGGAACUUUGAAGUAAUUACCUAAUAUAAUAGUAAAACGGUUAUGGAAUAUUUGGUGUGUUCGUGUUGUGAUUAACAGUUUGUUAUGAUCAGGCUUUGUUCUAUGGUUCUAGUGUUUGGCAUAAUUGCGAUUGAUUUAACGAUCUUACAAUUUCCCAAGCCCAAGACGAUCAACAAAUCGUUUUUUGCUACAAAACCUGAUGUAAAGUUUUGUAUUCACUCUAUCUCCACGAGUGAAAUGUAUUAUGAUAGGUAUGUAGAGUGAGAUGUAGGCCAAAAUCCAGUCAGGAUAUGGUACCAAAGAAAGAAAUGUUGUACAAUCUGCGAACUGUUAAUCUAAAUGUUCAAUUCUCUUCAUAAAACAAUCAAAUAGAAAAAGAAACAAAAAACAGACAAGGUCAUAUUGACCUAGGUUUCUAGUGUGUAUUUUAGGUAUUUAGUUCUUAUUAACUGGCGGAGCUUGCACCGCUUCUAUUUAAUAUUACAUCACACAUUAUAUAGAAGAGUAAGAUCAUAUAUAAAAAUCCGAUGACCAUAAAUUAAACUCCAAUAAAUUUCAACGAAUUCAAUCUUGCAACCACAGCUCCCAAUUCAUAUAAUUUAAAGUAAUGGUUCCCAUUUCGACAUUCACGGUAUACUGAAUUUUAACAUUGAAUUUGCUUAGUCGUGAUUAGACGUUUGGUGCUUAUUACCUACAAUUAAAGUCUGGUCAACAGCCCAGAAGUCGUGUAUUGAACAAAUAGUUAACGACAACAAUAUUUUUGACAGUAGAAACGAAGAGAUGUAUCCACCUAAUAGGAACUAGUUUUAGUCUAGUCCACCAUUCAUUAUCAUCUGAUUUAUAUAUCGUUAGUGGUAUUAGUAGCGUUCAUCAUCGAACAGCACACAACAAAUUUGCUGUGAACCACGUCGAACAGUAUUGUAUGACAUAAAUGAAAUUAAUUAUAUGUAUUGUGCACAUUGCUUACUUAGUUGAUGCAGGCUUUAUUGUUUUAGGUCGAAAUUUAGACGUUAGUAAGAAAAAACUAUUCUCGAAGUAAUUCAUAGUAAAAUCUAUAGGCGAUUUUUAGUUUGUCUCGAGUCUUUCAGAAAAAAAAUAACGUAAACGUUCCUAUUAAUGGACAGAAACGAAUUUUCAACACUUCUUUCGUUAUUACCGCAAUUACAUUUUAGAAAAUUGCUUAGUCAAAAAUGUCACCACAAAGCCAACUUUGCAUGUGGUAGUGCAGACGCUUGUUCAAAUAGAAAGGAUAGGAAAAAAAUGAGUGGUUUGCGUAGACGAACGAAUUGCUGCAUCUUUUUACAUUUUUCGAAGUCAUAUACAUAAGCUGCUAAUGUCGAACCACACCGAUUCAAUCUUAUAUAUUCUGUCAAUUGAAUUGAAAAGAAACAACAAACAAAUUAAAGAAGCAUACAAUUAUCAUAUACCAAAAUACUGAUUGCAAAAAAAUACAAAUCUUUGAAAUUAAACAUACGGAUCUAGAACUAAGAGGUUGAUGAAAUUGUAACAAUGCCCACAAAAAGAUAAAAUCACAAAACUGUUCAACUGUACCGAGUAGCGAAGGAAAAUGCGCAUUUUAUACGCUGAGCAUAACCAAAAUGACGCUGUAGGUGACAGUUAUUAUAUUAUUAUAUAUUUACAUAACUAUAAAUUAUUUAUUGCCGGAACAAUAAACGUUUAUGAACAAAUGAAAAGUAAA